AGAUUACUCCACUGCUAUGUCUGGCCGGUAGUUUUGUACGGUAGUGAAUCUUGGACUCUAAAAGCCGAUACUCAGAAACGUCUCGAAGCCUUUGAGAUGUGGUGCUAUCGUAGAAUGCUCCGCAUUAGCUGGACACAGAAAGUUUCUAACGUGAGAGUACUCCAACGCGUCGCCAGAAGCCGGGAGUUACUGCUUAUCAUUAAGAAGCGUAAGGUCGAGUAUCUGGGCCACGUUCUGAGACAUGAGCGAUACCAGCUGCUCCGGCUCAUAAUGAUGGGCAAAGUAGAGGGCAAACGACGUGUUGGAAGGAGGAAGAAGUCGUGGUUGCGCAACAUCCGUGAAUGGACCAAUGUUGAAAGCGUGGAAGUAUUGUUUCGCUUGGCGCAAGACCGCGAGAAGUUUGCUGAGCUGACGUCCAACCUCCAGUAG